CACUGCAUAUAUAUAAAUGUAUCAAAACUUGCUUUGAAAAAAAAAAAUUCUAUAUUCUUAACUUUGAGAGAAACUGUGAAUUGGACUUCUUAUGUUUUAAAAAAAUAAAAAAUUACAAAAAAGUGCCAUGGUGUUCAGAAAAUUGGCAUCAGAAGACAAAUAAAAAUCUUUUGUUUGGAUUUAACACAAAUUCUUGAUAUUUUAGGAUGAGAAAAAGAGUGUUCGGGAAAAGUUACAAGCAGCACAAGAAGUUUGUUUACAAGUUCAACAGGGAAUGGACAUGGUGGCUUCACUGGGGGAGAGGAUCAAAAAUACCUUUAACUGGACGGUGCCUUGGUUAUCCAUUCUAGCUGUGAUUGUGUUGUCUGUUCUUGUUGUGGUUCUCUACUACAUUCCAAUCCGUGUGCUCAUCUUAUUAUGGGGCAUCAACAAAUUUACGAAGAAGUUGAGGGCCCCUAAUGCAAUACCAAACAAUGAACUGCUGGACUUCCUGUCCCGAGUGCCUUCAGAUAGUGAAGUGAGUCAGUAUAGAGAGUUUGCUCCUGAUGUCCCAAACCUUGGCAAAAAGAAAAGAGCUUAAACAUCAAUUAGGAUUAAUUUAUUAUCUCAAGGUUGUGUUUUAUCUGGAAAUGUUUUCUCGGUGACGUCAGGUGUAGCAUUGCUCUGAAAUUCAAUGAAGGAGACAAAAUCUCAGUAGCUACAAAUGCUCUAAUCGAAGAGCUUAAACUAUUUUCAAAUUUAUUGUGACAUUUCAUAUUUUUUCAGGGUAAUUCGUUUUUUGGUUAUAAUUUAUUAUGGAAGAAAGAUCUGUUUUUUAUUGAGGUUUUCAUUAUGUAUACAUGUGUGUGUGACUAAAUAUUUUACAUAAAUUGAAUUUCGAUUUUUUUUUUUGAUAUGGGAUAUGAUAUUAGAAUUGGAAUUUAUGUGCAACACAUAUAAAUGUAUUAAAUACAAAAUUUAAGAAACUAGUGAAUUGCUACAGAAAUAUUUUAAAGAAAUUUGAAGCAUGACUGUUGGCAUAGACUACGUACUUCUUUCAAAUGCAGAAGGUGCUUCGUAUGCAAGUUACAAGUUCAAAGAAGAUAGGUGUUUUCAAAAUCAAAGUCUAAAAAUUUUAUUGGUAUCAAAUAGAAAGUUAUUAAGUUCAAAGAAAGAUGUGUUCAAAUGUGGAAAAAAAAUAAAUCAAAGUUUUAAUUUUUAUGGGUAUCAAACUUGAUAUUACAGACAGAACAUAUGAUAAUUUUUUUAAUUUUAAUUUCAAACCUUAUUGGAAUACCCUCUCAUGGAUAGCAUCAUUCUUCUGUCAUAGAGCAAACCAUAUUGAAGAAUAAAUUUAAAUUUAUAUAACUGCAGCAUAAGAUUUGCAUUUAAAGUUUUUAGAGGGGAAAUGUAUAGUUUCAAAAAAAAAAAUCUUAAGAUCAUGGUUAUCAAAGAGCUCUUAAUAUUGUGAUUGCUGAAUUAAGAGUUCCAAAGUUCAUGAUAAUUACACGAGUUCUGUAGAUUUUAGGAUUAGAGAAGAGUUCUAACUUUCAUGUCUUCCAUGUAGCAUUAGAUUUUUUUAAAAUAAUAGAAUAGGUUAAGUAUCAUAAAUCGUUGUGCCUUGGCCAAUAAACUGUAAACCAUAAAGGUUAAACUGAUGUUCCCCCUAAUGAUAUGAUCUUGACUAGAUGAUGUGUUCAUUUCUACAGAAAACAUUUAAGACUAAUUCUGUUGUGCUUCAGCUCUUAUGUUUAUAUGCUCAAAAUGAAGAAAAGUACAAUGUACAUAUUUUAUUUUAAUACUCAUUAGUCUAUAGUUGUACAUUUUUUUGUGUUUUAUUGUUCAUACUGACUUGGAUCAGUCUAAAGUAAACAAUUUUUACAUAUGAGUUCAUGUUUUCAAAGUAUCAUGAGAAAAUUUUUAACAACCAGGUAUACAUUUGUAUCCAAUUUAUUUUCAAUAUAUCAAUGAGUUUUGGUUUCUCAGUAUUUCAAUAUUGGUAUAAAUUUAAUUUUUUGGGGUAUGGUUAUAUAUUUCAGAAUAUUUUUUUUAAUUACAGAUUUUAUGUUUUCUUACCCCAGUUUCUCAAUGUUUGAAUAAAAAAACUUGAGAAGCAAAUUAUUUUCUUCAGCACAAUUAAUUAAUAGCACAGGAAAUAAACAGAACUGUUAAUGUGCACACUUUAUAAAAGCAAUUAAAUAAUAAGUAUCUUUUUGGGGAAAAAAAAGGAGUAAAUAAACUGCUAAGAAAGAAAUUUUCAUUUUAGGCCAUACAAUUGAUAUUUUGAUGUUUAAUUAAACUUAAAAAUUUAAACUUGAAAUCACUUGUUGAAAUUUUGAUACAGGGGGAUUUUUCAAAACAUGUUAAAAGUAUUUAAAUACAGUGUUGAGCAGUGAAAGUUUUUGUAAACAGUUGCAGGUGAAGAUGAGAAGGAUAAAUAUGUAACUGCAGUGGGUAUUUUACUUCCUGUUGAUAGAAUAGAUGUACUCUAAUUUUCCUGUCAUCGUGAACAUAACAUUCCUAUUAUUAAAUCCGUCCUAUCCAUCUUUUGCUAUUUCUUUUCUUCCCUCAUAUAUAAGUCAUUAAGGAGAAUUGAUCCUCUGCAAAGGGAGAUAAUUCUGUAAUUGAAAAAUCAUUUUUUUCCUUCAACAGUUUCAAAGAUAUUUUUGAGUCGUACAUUUUUUAAAAAUGUUUAAAAGUAAUUGUUAUCUCCAAUUAUCUUUAGAAAAUUGUAUAGAAAAUUCUGUUUCACAGGUUCUUUGUAUCUUAAGUUGUUCAAAAUUCUCUCUGUUUUUCCACUGUACACUUGGAGAAUCUUUUUAAUUAGAAUGAAUUUUUGAUAUAUAGGAAAUUUUCCAUGUAUCUGUCUCCCUGAUUUCAGUUUAUUGUUAUGUUGGGGUUGAUUGUUGCAAUUACCAAUAUUUGUUAUUUAUUUACAAUUAAAUAUUUUAUAAAAACAAAAA